CAGAGGGCGUGGCCUCCAAUUAAAGAAGGGCGGUAUUUAAGGGGGAUUCAGUGCCAGAGCGUCUCACCUUGCUAGCGGUAACUACCCUAUCAUUUGGCUAAGUGAUUUUUGAUCUUUGACCCUGAGCCCUCAAGCUCUGAGAAUGAUCUGCUGAAACUCUCAUUAAAAAACAAAAAAAAAUUCUAGAUUUCUCAAAAGAAAAAAUAAACAACCAAACACGUCCAACAGUAUUCAUUUAAUUAUUUCACUCUUCCACGUGAGACGCUUCUUCCGCGGUUACCUCAUACACUCAUUUGUGUCCACGAUGGCUUCUUUGUUUUGAUGCUCCUCUUUUUUUUUUUUUCCCUCCCUCCAACAUCACGUCCCCCUCCAGUAAUUAGCAGGUUCCUCUGUACGGUAAAUGAACUCCAGUCUGUUUUCGUCAGUAGCUGUCGGAGGAAGGAGCUGCCAGACGCUGCUGCCUCCGUGGGCCAUAAUUGAAACCAUUUGCGGAUCAGGUGGAAUUCUGGGAUUCUGGCUUCGUCGCACAAUCCCAAACGUGUUAUUUUCUCUCUCUCUCUCUCUCUUUCCUUCCAGCCCCGGAAGACUGUAAAAGUUGCUGUCGUUUUCUCCCUCCCUCUUUCUCUCCCUUUUCCUUUCUCCCCCUCUCUAAUUUUUUCCACUCACAGCAGGCUCUUGAGAGAGGUCAGCAGCUCGCGGUGGCGAACGCAUCAACUCACAGGCGGACCUGGAAUACUUCCUGAGACUAAUGGUUUCACCGUAACGACACAGGAAUCUGUGAAAAAAUUGUGCGGGACGCCUGAGCGGAGCUGAAGAUCGCGGGGAGGCCAAAAUGAUCGCACAUCUCGGCGUUCUUUUGGUCGCUGCUGCUGCCGUCGGCGCACAAGUCAACCCAGAACUGUGCCGCUAUCCCCUUGGUAUGACGGGAGGACAGAUUCAGGACGAGGACAUCUCUGCCUCCAGUCAGUGGUCCGAAUCUACGGCUGCGAAAUUUGGCAGACUCGACUCCGACAACGGAGACGGAGAUGGGGCCUGGUGCCCUGACAUGCUGUCGGAGGCGGACAGCUUCAAGGACUAUCUCCAGGUGGACUUGCGCUCGCUGCACUUCAUCACCCUGGUGGGCACGCAAGGACGCCACGCCGACGGAAUGGGAAAUGAGUUCGCCCAGCGAUACGUGAUUCAGUACAGCCGCGACGGGAACGACUGGUUGGAGUGGCAUGACAGGAAGGGGAGGCAGGUCAUAGAGGGGAAUAGAAACGCCUAUGAUGUGGUUCUGAAGGAUCUGGAGCCUCCCAUAAUAGCUCGAUUUGUCCGCUUCAUGCCUGUGACGGAUCACUCCAUGAUCGUGUGUAUGAGGGUGGAACUCUACGGCUGCGAAUGGCUCGAUGGUCUCAUGUCCUACAGUAUUCCCGACGGGCACCAGAUGAUCUACAGAGGCCAGGACGUCUACUUCAAUGACUCUGUGUACGACGGAGCCUUAGCUGAGAGACUGACGAAAGGCCUCGGCCAGCUGACAGAUGGCACGUGGGGUCAGGACGAUUUCCUCCACACCCAAACGUACAGCAUGUGGCCCGGUUACGACUUUGUGGGUUGGAACAACAAGAGCUUCCCGAAAGGUUACGUGGAGGUCAUCUUUGACUUCGACCACGUUAGAAACUUCACGUCUAUGAAGGUCCACUGCAACAACAUGUUCAGUCGAGGCGUCCGGAUUUUCCGACAAGUCACCUGCUACUUCAGAUCGGGCACAGAAUGGGAGGCCGACCCGGUGACCUACCGACCUAACCCCGACCGGGUCAGCCAAAACGCACGUUUCGUCCCGGUGUCUCUCGGAGACCGCACGGCCAGUGCCAUCAAAUGUCGGUUCCACUUUGGCGACCUGUGGAUGCUGUUUAGCGAGGUAGCCUUCCAAUCAGGUUCUGCUGUCUACAAUACAUCUUUAGCUCCCCGCAAACACGGACAUCCUGGAACCACAAUCCCAGGUGAAGAUCCAACUCAUAAGGUGGACGACAGCAAUACCCGGAUCCUGAUUGGCUGUCUGGUGGCCAUCAUAGCCAUCCUUUUGACCAUCAUAGUCAUCAUACUGUGGAGGCAGGUGUGGCAGAAGAUGCUUGAGAAGGCGUCGCGACGUCUGCUGGACGACGAACUCACCGCUCGCCUCGCCUUCCAAACUCAGGCCUUCUCCUACCGCCACUCCUCCCUUUCCACCGAGGACGGCUCCAGCUCGAACUCCACCUACGAGAGGAUCUUCCCCCUGUGCGGAGACUACCAGGAGCCCUCGCGCCUCAUCCGGAAGCUCCCUGAGUUUGCUCAGUCCACGGAGCGCCUGGUGCCGGCCUCGACAACCAGUGGUUCUGACGGUGCACCGCACUAUGCAGAGGCGGACAUUGUUAGUUUGCAGGAGACACAGGACGUCAACAAAUCAGCCAUCAAUAUGGAUCUCUUCGCUGGCACCGACUCGUCCAUGAAAGAAUUCCCAAGACACAAGCUCACGUUCAAGGAAAAACUAGGAGAGGGCCAGUUUGGAGAAGUGCACUUGUGCGAGGCCGAGGGGAUGCAGGAAUUUCUGGGCAAGGAUUUGUCCAUCGAGGGCAACGACGAGUCACCCCUGCUGGUUGCCGUGAAAACCCUGCGAGAGGACGCCAAUAAGAAUGCGAGAAAUGACUUCCUUAAGGAGAUCCGUAUCAUGUCCCGUCUGAAGGACCCCAACAUUGUCCGUCUGCUGGCGGUGUGCGUGGACACGGAUCCUCUGUGGAUGAUCACGGAAUACAUGGAGAACGGAGACCUGAACCAGUUUCUGUGCAACCUCAGACUCAAGGAAGUGGCCUGUGAAGAGAGCACACGAAAAGAGGAGAAGGACGGGGGCAGCUACAAUAAACUGAUCGGGAUGGCAGUGCAGAUUGCAUCCGGAAUGAAGUAUUUGUCCUCCCUCAACUUCGUCCACCGUGACCUGGCCACUCGCAAUUGUCUGGUCGGAAAGGAGUACACGAUAAAGAUCGCCGAUUUUGGCAUGAGUCGAAACCUGUACAGAGGUGACUACUACAGGAUCCAAGGACGGGCUGUGCUGCCUAUUCGCUGGAUGUCGUGGGAAAGCAUCCUGUUGGGCAAGUUCACAAUGGCCAGUGAUGUAUGGGCCUUCGGUGUAACACUGUGGGAGAUUCUAACUCUGUGUAAGGAGCAGCCUUACUCCCAGCUCUCUGAUGAGCAGGUCAUUGAAAAUACAGGGGAGUUUUUCAGGGACCAGGGCAAGCAGAUUUACCUGCCGAAGCCGCCGUGUUGUCCCGAAAGACUGUACACUAACCUGAUGCUCAGCUGCUGGAGAAGAAAUGCCAAGCAAAGGCCGAGCUUUCUGGAAAUACACACUCAGCUGAUGGAGAGUCUAGCAUAGCAAAACACAACCUCUCCCCUGUCAGAUGUAAAUACUGCCUUGUCGCAAUGUGUGCUGUAAAUGAACGGGUCCGCACUCGAUAGUGUUAUAUUUAGUUUAAAUAAAUAGGGUGUCUACACCUAUGUAUAUUUGUUACUAACUUUGAAUAUUUAUUUAUUUUAAGUAUUUGAAAUGUUUUUUUCAAAUCUAGAAACACAGAUAGCUAGCUAAGUUCAUUUCUGUUUUCCGGUUAUUUUGCUCAACUGCUGCCUUCGGUUUCAUGUCAACAUAAUUCAUAUUUUUCCAUUAGUGCAACGGAUAAAAACAUCAACUAAAUAGAUAUACAUUUUUCAUAUCUGUGGCGCACAUUUUAGAAGCCAGCACAUUUCUUUGACUCUUUGUUGUUAAUGUUAUUGUUUGUUUUGUCCUGAUUCAUAAAUGACUGUAAAUUGCAAGUUAUGUUUUUUUUUGUAAUUUUACUUACUCUCCAUGAAUUAUUGGAAAUAAUUUAAUUGUGAAUUGUUAAAAUAGAAAGAAACAUAUUCUUUAUAUUAUAAAGAUUCAAGCAGUGAUAUUGUAAAUAAGGUGAAUAAAGUUUGGUGGAAGUUGACAUCUAUUUAAUACAUUUUAAAAAGGGUAGAUUUUUCUCCUUGACAUUGAAGCAUUAUUAACUGAUGCAUGGAUUCAUUAUUAAAAAAUAUUUUUAAUUUAAA